AUGAAAUAUUUAAUCCUAUUCUAUUUAACUAUUUGUUUUGCUUAUCCAAAUGUGUUGGAUAUAAUAUUACCAUCUUAAAGGAAGUUAUUAGAAAGAUUAAGAGAGAAACACAGUGAUCGCAAACUUGAGGAUGUUUAAAGUUCAUGGGAACCUUUAAGAUUACACUUUGAAUUCUUGGAAUCUCCACCUUAAGAUGUCUUAGAUUAAAUUAAUACAGUAUUAAAUAUAGCGAAAACAUUUUUUGGAAGACAUUUAUUAGUAAAACGAUAGAAAGGAAAUUUGUAAUGGAAAUCUAGUUAUGAAACAGAUUGGUCACUAUUUGAAGUGCCAGUUUCAUUAUAAAAGAGUUAUGAUGCUGAUUUGGUAUUUUUCAUAGGAUAAGAGAUUAAUAAAGAUGUAGACUAUAUAGCAAGAGCAGCACCUAUGAUUUUUGAUGAAAAUACAGGAAGACCAAUAUUUGGAUUGAUGCAACUUAAUAAUUAUCAUAUGAAAGAGUAUUAGGUAUGAAUAGAAUAAAAUAUAAUAAGGGUACAGAUGCUAAAUUUGAAGCAGCUGUCUAAAUAGUUUUACAUGAAUCAAUUCAUGGUCUUGGAUUCACAGAUAAUUUAUAUGGAAACUAUUAUAAUAGUACAUCUAAUGAGAAAUACAAUUUUACAGUUUAUUAAAGAGUGAAUUAGCAAAUAGAUUUGCCAACACCAAGAUUAACUUAAUUAGUAGAGAAUCAUUUUUGUUGUUCUAAUAUAUUGGGAGGAACAGUAAGAAAAUUGAGUAUAAAUUUUAGAUGGAAGAUUAAAAUGGAGGUGGUACAGCUGGAUCACAUUUUGAGAGAUCAAUAUUUUAUAAUGAUAUAAUGACAGGUGCAAUAAUGACUGGUAAUUCAUUAUUUACAGAAUUUACAUUUGCAAUUUUAGAAGAUACAGGGUAUAUUAUAAAAAAUAAGAGUAUAGAUUUUAUAGAGUAACAAAACAUACUGCAGAUAUUUAAUUAUGGGGAAAGGAUAAAGGAUGUGAUUUUUAUAAAUUGUAAUGUUAUUCUGAAACAGAAUAUAAAGAAUUUUGUAGGAAUCCUUAUGAUGAUGAUGAUCCUAAUGAUGAUCCCUUAGAUCAUUUAUCUUGUUCAUUUUAAAAUACAGGAAUAGGAAUUUGCUUAAAUGAUGGUCUUGUAGAAUGUCCUUAUAAUUAUGUAAUGGCUGAUUUCGAUUGUAGAGAUGCAAAUAAUUAUAAUACAACUUUAUUUUCAGGAACAAAUUUCUACUUUGGAUAUGAUAGUAUGUGUAUUGAAGGAAGUUUAACAAAAAAAGGAAUAGCUAAUAGAUUGGGUUACAGUUGUUUCAAAUAUGCUUGUGAUGAAGAUUAAAAUUUAAAAAUAAUUAUUGAUGGAGUUUAGUAUGAUUGCAGUGAUGGAGGAUCAUCUCCAAGUUUUAACACUUAACAAUAUUAAGGUGGAUUUAUUUGUCCAGAAAAUCCAGAAGAACUUUGUGAAUCAGCAAGUGAAUGUCCCAACUAAUGUAAUAAAAAAGGAUAUUGUUUAGGAGGAUCAGUAUAUUAUAUUAUAUCUAUUUUAUUAGUGUACUUGUAUUGCAGGUUAUGCAGGAAGAGCAUGUGAAAAAUCUUGUACUACAUAUAGAAAUGGUGUUGAAUGUGUUAAUUCUUGUCCAACUAAUACUUUUCCUGAUUAAUUUACUAUGUAUUGUAUUGGUUGUCCUGCAAAUUGUGCUACUUGUUCUGCUAAAGAUGUAUGCACAGAAUGUGAAGAUACAUUUCUAUUAAAUGCAGGAUUCUGUGAACCAUUACCAACAUAUUCAUUAAUAUUUACAACCACUAUUAUCGCGUUGUUUUUCACCUUAUGAUUUAAGUCAAAUAUGC